GGCGUGGGCGGGAUCAAUGUGCCAGCUCGUGUCUACCAGUCGGCCGGAUAACGUGCACAAGAUGAUUUUGGCGUCGGAGGAGGAGAAGAAGGCUGUGAGGAGGGAGAUAGACCGUCUUGUCAAACGGAUCAAGCCGAAGCCGGUGAAGAAGAAGGUCAAGAAGAUCACGGAGAUCGAUAAGAUGCUGCAUCGCUCGGUGACGACGGGGACGAACAAGUACUUCUCUACGGGGCACGGCGCCAAGGAACGGCUGUUCCUAGAAGAAGGAUCCCCCUAUUCCCAAGAUUAUAAAGGAUUUACGACAAAGGCGGAAAAGAAGUACAUGGAGCCGACUGAGAACUGGCGGUCCAGGGUCGGGAUAUGCGAGAGGCUGCGAGUGGAGUCUCCGACGGUCGACAAAGGCGUGACCGGCGUCAUCCCCGACUUUUACGAGAUGACGUUCAGCAGGCCGAUCCGCGAACGGUUCAGAAAAAGAGAAUACGUCCAGCAGGUCCGCUCGGCUAUGCUCACCAACCUGCAGACCGGCAUGUACUUGGAUAUAAUCAAGAGGAUCGAGAUGCACGACGACAUCGCCAGGUCGAUCCUUCAAAAGGCGGUCGAUGAUUCCGAGGAAGCGGUUUGGUCGUUGCGGGUUUUUCUAUCCGAGCAGAUCAAGGACAUCAGGUCGAUCGAAGACGAGCUCAAGAUCGUCGUCGACCUGAGGACGAAAAAAGAGGCCGCGAUCGACCUCGCGCUGAGGAUACUCGGCAACACCAAGGUGGAAAUGUUCGAGACGAUGGAAAAGAUCAACGAGACGAUACGCUGCAGGGACUUCCUCCACAGCUGCAGCUCCGAACAGUGGCUUUACGAGUACGACAUCAAAAAGCAGAACCACUUCCUCAAACAGAUGGCCCAAGUGGAAGAGCUCAUGAAGGUUUAUGCCAAUUACAUGAACCACCUGGGUGGCAAAGACCCCGGCUUAGAAGAGAUCAUGCUCAACUACAUCAAAAUCUACGAAGAAACCGGGCCCAAGAAAAUCGAGUUUAAAACCACAAACGAUCUAGGGUAUUCCCUCAAAAAACUAGAAAAGGAUUGUAAAAACGCUUUGAUUCAUAUAAAAGAAAUAGAAGAGCCUGUCAAAAAAGUAAGAAAGUAUGACAAAGAUGUUGAGAAAUGCUACAAAGGGGACAUCGACUAUCUAAAGACGGAAAUCAAGAAAACUGAAGAAGAUUUGGCGGAUUUGAGAGCAAAUAUAGACAUGAAGAAGUCCAUGAUGCACGACAUGACAAAAAAAUACAAAAGGAACUUGAUCUCUAAGGAAGUCCUGUACGAGAGAGGGCUGUUGAAAGCUCUCUACGAUGAAAUAGUCGUCGAUAAGAAGAUGAACCCGACGGUUUUAGACAUGUGGGAAGGAUUGGAAGAGUCUUUCAUGGCUCUCAAGUCGAAACUGGCCGAGAUACCAGCGAAGGAGGUGAAAAGGAGGAAAAGGAUCAUAAUCAGCAGGAUCAAAGCAGGAGAAUUCGCGGCGGUCAAGGCCCAGAACAGGAUCAGGCAGGUCGAACAGAUGGUCGAGGGUAUAAAAAGGGCUUACGAGAAACCGGGGCAAGUACAGAUCGGAAAAGCGUUGAUGCCCAGAUCCGAACCUCCGCCUCCACCGCCGAGGAGGCCGACGCCCGAAUCGCCGGCCAGGACCAUAGAAUACGCCAAAGAACUGGAAAAGGAGCGGAGGAGGUACGCGCCGAUGGCCAAGGGCUACCCGCCGGUCAGAAAGCUGAGGUCCCUGGCGUCCAGUGAACUCUCGCUAGUCAGUGAAAAAGGAAAACAAAUGUAUGAAGUGUACGAUCGGGAGAGCUUGGUUCCAAAGCACAAAGUCCAUCCACUAAAGGACGUCUAUGUGUUUGAUUCAGACGACGAAUUGGAUUUCAAAGGACGGCUCGCUAUCGAAGAGCCCUCCGGUCCCACCGAGCUCAAAAUGCUCCCUCCUCCAAAACUCACCAUGCCCAAAUACGAGCCUAAAGUCGAAGAAGUAAAGAAAACCACGGAAGAUGAAGACAGUGACUUUGGCAUGCCAUAAAAAAAACCUUUGGUUUCUUAUAGAAAAAAAUUAAGUAGAACAAUUUGUAUCCAAUUUUAAUAAAACUAUGUAUUAUAUUAUGCAGUGUGUCGAACUUACCUUGA